CGAUACAAUUGCAACAAACGAUUGGUCUCGUAAUAGCAUUAUUAUUUUACAAACGAUAACGUGUUUCUGCUACCGCGCAGAAAUUCGUCGUUUUCGGUCCGACGGGACGUGCCCCUGCGAUUUUGUUGCUUUCUUGUCUGUGACUUUGUUCUGCAGUUAAUUCUCGCACGCAUCCACUGAGAAAAACGAUUCUUUCGUUUCCGUUAAUGUGUGGCACCUUCGAACCUGUCGUAGACCGAGGAGAUCGGAGCGAACACUCUGACGAUGUUAGACCACCAAGGCGAACAGCUGGACCGAAUUGAGGAGGGUAUGGACCAGAUUAACGCCGACAUGAGAGAGGCUGAGAAAAAUCUCACUGGAAUGGAGAAGUGCUGCGGCCUUUGCGUUCUUCCCUGUAACAAAGGUGCCAGCUUCAAGGAAGACGAGGGUACGUGGAAGGGCAACGACGACGGUAAAGUUGUGAACAACCAGCCGCAACGGGUGAUGGAUGACCGCAACGGUAUCGGGCCGCAGAGUGGCUACAUCGCCAAGAUCACAAAUGACGCGCGCGAAACGGAGAUGGAGGAGAACAUGGGCCAGGUGAACACGAUGAUUGGCAACCUGAGGAACAUGGCGAUCGACAUGGGCAGCGAGCUCGAGAAUCAGAAUCGGCAGAUCGAUAGGAUCAACCGCAAGGGCGAAUCGAACGAGACGAGGAUACAGGUGGCCAACGAGCGAGCCCACCAGCUACUCAAGUAAAGCGGCUACACUUUCUGUCGACCAUCUGCACCCCGUCGGCCGCCCACGAGCGUCACUAUCAUCACCCUCCACCAACAACAACAACAACAACAAUAACAACAACACAACAGCAACAACAUCAACACCAACAACAGUCAGUACAAUUACACUCGACAAGUCCACUCGAUCGUUUUGCUCGCGAUUUAUCGCGUUUCGUUUGUUAGAACGUUGUUUCUCUGUUCACGUUUACCGAUACCUUUCGUGUUUGGUAUCGUCGAAACAUGAUAUAAUAUACUUAAUGAAAAUACUUAACCCUAAACUUGACUGAUAGAGUCCGUAAAGUUAAUUAGAAUUUUGUAAUAUUCUUUUUCUUUCGAAGUAAGGGACCGUGUGAAUCGCAUAGUCAUAAGCAUCUAAAAAUCAUUGCAAAGAUAUGUAAAGAGGACUUGCGACCUCCUAAUAUCGUCUUUCGAACAUUUAACGCAGUUUCUCUUCUAAAACAUUGUAGAUAUUAAAUUAGAAUACGCUCCGCGAUCGAUGCGGCCGAUGAAAUCGACGAGAAAGAAAAAUAAACGCUGAAUUUGUUUGUCGUACUGGUGAGUAUCUGCUGCAUUUCCUUCGUAUAAUGUAAUUUUCGAUUUUCACUUCUUUAGCUUUUGCAAGUUUAGGGUUAAUAUACGCCGAAAUAGAUUCAUAUAUAUAUUACAGAUUCGGAGAUUGAGUUUGAUUUUCGGUUUGACUUUAGCGUGUAAGGUAGAUUUCUGAUUUUUAUCAAAAACAUCCAAUCUAAUUUAUUAUCAAACUUUAAUUUAGUCCCUGUUCUGCAACCGUAAAUUAGAUUUAAUCUCCGAGACGGGCUUUUUUGUCUUUACAAUGGCAAUAAUCCGCCGACGAAGAGCUUCGAUGAUUCGAGGUGUCAGUGCCGCUAAUCGGUCAUCAAAGCUGGAUUAAAAACGGAUCUCUAACUUAAGAUUGUCGGAGUAAUCUCAUACCGAAUCACAACGAAGAAGCCGAUGGAAUUUUUUUCUAGCGUGGCAAAAGCGUCGAAUUUGUCGCGUAGUUUAAAAAAAAAAACGGAGCUGAAAUUCAAUCUCCGGUUCGGGAACGAGUAGCUUCGUUCUCUUUACCGGCAGAGUUAGCGCGUUGAACGAUAUUGGAAUUUAAAUAAACAUAAAUAAUAAUACAUGUAUAUUAUAUAUAUAUUACUUCUCGUUAGUCAUACACAUUACACGUACACGAACCGGGGAGAUUAUAUGCACAAAAAAAAAAUGCAGCGAUUAAUUCAAUUCUCUCGGUUUAAUCGACUCUAGAGAGUCGGGAUUUGUAUUGGAAACGCGAGAAACAAACGGAGAAAAAAAAAAGAGGAAGGAAACAUGAUAAUAGUACAAAAAUUACUACACUUAUCUCUCGUUAGGAAAAGAGAUUUCGAGUACAAUUUAUUUAUUUGUCUUAUCAUGUAUUGCCGCUCUCCGCGAUUAUAACUUGCGCUUGAAGAUCACACUCGGAACGUGUCAGCGAUAUUGUCUACAAGCGAAAGAAGCAACACCCUAAUCUCCCUCUCCCUCGAGUCUCCCCCGAAACGCAGGGGGUGGACCUCGCUGUUUCCCCCCCCCUGAUCGACAAAUGCGCAUUCCCGAGAUCGAUAUCGAAUAAUUUCGCGAAUAGUUUCGCAAAUUUCGAGGGUGUUCGCGUGCGAAAAGUACGCGGAGAGAUCGCGGCGACACUUGGAGGAGGAAGGGAGUGGAAUCGCGAGCGAUGGAAGACGAGGGAGCAGAACGAGAUGGAAGAAGAGGAAGGAUAAAUAGAAGAAGAAGAGGAAGAAGAAAAGGAGGACUUACAUAGCGAGAUAACCGAAGCAACGAAGAGAACGCGUUCAGCCGUACGAUUAUUAGGAGCCAGCUGAAGCUGUAGAUAGAGCGAGGUCUUCUUUCGUCGUUUAAAAAUAAAAAAAAAAAGCUCGACUCGCACUCGACAACGUAGAACAUAGGUGUUACUCUCCCUUGCCCCCCUAUCCAGUCCAGCUCACCCCGCCCUAUCCCCUAAUUCUCCCCUUUUGCGCCAAUCGCGCCGAGAUCACAGUAAGGUUUAACUCCAAAGAAAGAUUGUACAUUACUGUAUUUACACGAGGGCGAUCUAGGUACCUACUUUGUUAAAUUAUACAAUGAGGAGUCGGUAGAGAAGCAUGACGCGGCUCGAGAAUCGAUAUCCGUCGGUGAUUCUGGGACGACCGUCGUGAUCCUGGGGGGUGAAUCUUCGUGACCUUACUGUAUAAAACAGCGAGAGAUAGCGAGAGAAGUCCUUGCGUAGUGAAUUUCUUGGACAAUUUUUAAGGGGGUGUACAGCACAAGUUGUAGUAUUCAUCAACGAUUUUGUAAAUUGCUAAUUCAUCAAUUUCGCCAUGAAUUACGAGAUCUGAAAAUCAUCAAAGUCCUCGCACCCAUUGCGACCUCUUGUCCUUUCUAGCGCUGCACUUUACGAAAUGUCGAGAGAACUGAUUGAUUUACAGUUUCGAGGUAGAAGUUAAUUGACGCUGUGGGGACACCUCGUUUCCGAAUCGCGGAAGAAAGGAAGCAUUUUCGGGUAAAAAAAUCAUAAAAUAGCCAACGGGUGUCGGUCUCGAGCGCGGUCAUGGACCGAGCAAAAAUAACUGCGUAGCCUUUUCGAUUUCGCUUGUCCUUUGCUUUCUCUCGGAGAGGGAAAUAAAACGCCCUUCGAACGCUUCGCCGGACGAACUACAAGAGGAAUGAAAGGGUUUGUACGAAUUUUGAGAAUGAAAGAGAGAGAGAGAGAGAGAGAGA